CGGACAUAUCAUGCGUGUUAAUCAUGAUUCAGCAGUGUAGAUGUCGAUGAAGAACGCAUGGGGCUCAAUGCUAUUCGUUAAACAAUGGCACAGGAGUCACAGAAAGUGGAGUCGGUGUGUGUGUCUUUCAUCAGCGAUGACAAACAUGUGUUCAGGCUCCUACUAUGGGGAAUUCUACUGGUCACUGAGGUGUUCAUCUACAGCUCGUACACUAUCCUGGCGCAUCUGUGUCUAGUGGAGGGGACACUGCCGUUCAGGUCGUCGUCCGUUGUCUUCUCCACGGAGGUCCUCAAAAUUGUCUUGUCCAUAGCAAUGAUGUUGCCCGAACUGGGUCGAGGUGACAUCAAAAUGCCGCCACUGUCCAACUGUAUCCCAUUCGUUGUUCCAGCCGUGCUGUACUGUAUCAACAACAACCUCAGUGUUUACAUGCAGGUUCAGAUGGACCCCACCACCUACCAGAUCUUGGGCAACAUGAAGGUGGCAAGCACGGCAAUCUUGUACAGGAUCAUAAUGCAACGGAAGCUGAGCAGUGUGCAGUGGAUAUCCCUGGGAGUUCUGAGCAUAUCCGGCAUCUUAGACAGCUAUGGCGGUAUGCAGAACAAGGCCUCUGUCUCGUCAGGAGAGAUACGCCUGACAGUUACGGGGCUUCUCAUGAUGUGCGCCUACUGUUGGAUAUCAGGCCUCGCCGGUGUCUACACGGAAUACAUAUUAAAGAAACAAUAUGAGACAUCCCUCCAUGUUCAGAAUACCCUGUUGUACACAUUCGGCAUCGUCCUGAACGGGGGAGUGUGGGCCUUGCAGGAGGCAGUGAGCGGCAAGGAAGGGGAGAGACGUUUGAAUCUGUUCGAAGGCUUUACGUUCAAGACGUGGGUAAUAGUUGUGUCCUUGGCCUUCAACGGGCUGAUAAUGUCGGCCAUCAUGAAGCACGGCAGCAACAUCACACGUCUCUUCAUCAUCUCCUGCGCCAUGUUGGUGACGACUCUACUCUCUGUCGCCAUCUUCCAUUUGGCCCUCAACAUGUAUUAUAUCUUGGCGUUUAUUUCGGUCGUUGUAGCCUUGUACAUGUAUCACAGAUGAUACUCUUUAUACAGGAAGUCCGACGCAAGAUGACUGACUUAUUAAGUUCCUGUUUUAAAGUGACCUGAGUAUGCUAUUGAACAUUGCUAGCGAAUAACAACACUUCCUCAAUAAUCCAUGUAAAUGACAUUGAAUUAUAGCUAAAGUGGAUAGAAUUGUCAUUAAACCGCAUGUUAUCAGAAAUUAGCGGGCCACUGUAACUUGAUAAUGCUCUCAUAUUAUCACGCCCGUUGGUGACGUCAUAUUGAUGUUUAAUAGUGACGUUAUCUGAUUUGUUCUAUAACGUUUCCUUAUUUGUAAAUGUUGGUCAGUGACAUUCGUUCUGUGUUGAUUGCAGUAAAUGGUUCAAAACCGA